GCCUGCCGUUGAAGAAGCAGCAGCGUUUUGCAACGAAGUUAUUUUUUGCUAAUAUUACAAAUACGCAGCGGGAUCAUGGCUGGGCGUGAAGUCGUCAAACGUGCCGUGCAACAGGUGCGACCCAUAUUGUCCGUCGAUCGGGAGGAGGCCCGCAAACGUGCCCUGAACCUCUACAAAGCCUGGUACCGUCAGAUUCCCUACAUUGUUAUGGACUACGACAUACCCAUGAGCGUAGAGCAAUGCCGAGACAAAUUGCGCGAGGAGUUCACCAAGCACCGCAAUGUGACUGAUAUUCGCGUCAUCGACAUGCUGGUCAUCAAGGGUCAGAUGGAGCUGAAGGAGUCUGUUGAGAUCUGGAAGCAGAAGGGCCACAUAAUGCGCUACUGGAAGGAAUCACAGGAUCCCAAACCCACAGAUUUCCUCUCAAAGUUCAUUCAGGGCAUUAAUUAGCGUUAAACAAAUGCUUAACAAAUUUAAAUAGUUUAAAUAUACCAAAAUGUUUGGCACGAAAACCAAAAAGAAAAAUAUCACAACGAAA